AUGGCAGAAGGGGGAGAUGGAGAGGAGGAGAUUCAGUUCUUGCGUACGGAUGACCAGGUUGUGCUACAAUGCACAGCCUCCAUUCUGAAAGAACAGAUCAAAGUGUGUCUGUCAUGCGAAGGCUUUGGGAACCGCCUCUGCUUCCUGGAGACCACCUCUAACGCUCAGAAUGUGCCACCUGAUUUGGCGAUCUGCUGCUUCAUCCUGGAGCAGUCCCUGUCGGUACGAGCCUUACAGGAGAUGCUGGCCAACACCACGGAACUCAAUGAGUCAUCUCAAGGAGGGGGCCACCGUACCCUGCUGUAUGGCCACGCUAUCCUUCUGAAACACACUCACUCCAGCAUGUACCUCAGCUGUUUGACUAGCUCAAGGUCGCUCACAGACAAACUGUCCUUUGAUGUGGGCUUACAGGAAGAUUCCACAGGGGAGGCGUGCUGGUGGACCAUUCAUCCUGCGUCCAAGCAGAGAUCAGAGGGAGAGAAGGUCAGGGUGGGAGAUGACCUCAUCCUGGUCAGCGUGUCCUCUGAGAGAUACCUGCAUCUCUCCUAUGCCAGUGGUGAACUCAUGGUGGACGCCUCCUUCAUGCAGACUCUGUGGACCAUGAACCCUGUGAUGUCUGGCUGUGAACUUGCGGAAGGCUUUCUGACUGGAGGCUAUGUUCUGAGACUGUUCCAUGGUCACAUGGAUGAGUGCUUGGCUAUCCCUGCUGCCGAGCAAGGAGACAACCAGCGCAGAAUUGCUCACUAUGAAGCGGGUGCUGUCUGUAGCCAUGCCCGGUCACUAUGGAGACUAGAACCCCUCCGGAUUGGAUGGAGUGGAGGUCACAUGAAAUGGGGCCAGUCAUUCCGAGUGCGUCAUAUAACCACAGGUCGCUACCUCUGCUUGGAUGAAGAGAAAGGACUGAUGGUGGUGGACCCUGAAAAAGCCAACGCCAAGAUGUCAGCCUUCUGUUUCAGAAUCUCCAAGGACAAGGUGGAGGUGGUUAAGAAGCGAGAUGUGGAGGGCAUGGGCAUGCCAGAGAUCAAGUAUGGGGAGUCCAUGUGUUUUGUACAACACGUCUCCACUGGCCUCUGGCUUACAUACGCCUCUGUCGAUGCCAAGUCCGCUCGCCUGGGACCUCUUAAGAGGAAGGCCAUCCUUCAUAAGGAGGGCCACAUGGACGAUGCCCUGACCGUGGCCCGCUCCCAGACAGAGGAGUUCCAGGCUGCUCGUAUGAUCUACAACACAGCAGGCCUCUUCACCCAGUUCAUCAAAGCGCUGGACUCUCUGAGUGGGAAGAACAAGUCAUCUUCAGGCUCCCCGUCUCUGCCCAUGGACUCUGUGGUCCUCUCCCUGCAGGACCUCAUCUUCUACUUCCAGCCCCCAGAGGAGCUGAAGCACGAGGAGAAACAGACCAGACUACGCUCCCUUAAGAACAGACAGAACCUCUUCCAAGAGGAGGGCAUGAUCACCCUGGUGCUGGACUGUAUUGACCGACUCAAUGUCUACAACACAGCGGCCCACUUCUCCGAGUUUGCAGGGGAGGAGGCUGCCGAGUCUUGGAAGGAGAUAGUUAAUCUCCUCUACGAGCUGCUGGCCUCACUGAUCAGGGGGAACCGGGCGAACUGUGCACUGUUCUGUGAUAAUCUGGACUGGCUGGUCAGCAAACUGGACCGUCUGGAGGCCUCCUCAGGCAUCCUGGAGGUGCUGUACUGUGUUCUGAUUGAGAGUCCAGAGGUUUUGAACAUUAUUCAGGAGAACCACAUUAAAUCUAUCAUUUCUCUACUGGAUAAGCAUGGACGCAAUCACAAGGUGUUGGAUGUGCUCUGCUCUUUGUGUGUGUGUAAUGGGGUGGCUGUAAGGUCCAAUCAGAAUCUCAUCACAGAGAAUCUACUUCCGGGUCGCGAUCUCCUCCUGCAGUCCAACAUCAUCAAUUAUGUCACCAGUGUGAGGCCCAACAUCUUCCUAGGAACGUGUGGAGGAUCAACUCAGUAUAAGAAGUGGUAUUUUGAGGUGAUGGUGGACCAUGUAGAGCCCUUCUUGACCGCCCAGGCCUUCCACCUGCGUGUGGGCUGGGCUCUGACUGAUGGCUACAGCCCCUACCCUGGAGGUGGUGAGGGCUGGGGUGGUAACGGGGUGGGGGACGACCUCUACUCAUACGCCUUUGAUGGACUCCACCUGUGGUCAGGACGAGUCCCACGUCAUGUCGCCACCCCCAACAUGCACAUCCUAGCCGCAGACGAUGUCGUCAGCUGCUGCCUUGAUCUGAGUGUGCCCAGUAUUUCUUUCCGUAUCAACGGGCACCCGGUGCAGGGCAUGUUUGAGAACUUCAACCUGGAUGGCUUAUUCUUCCCUGUUGUCAGCUUCUCUGCAGGCGUCAAGGUUCGUUUUCUCCUGGGAGGGCGUCAUGGAGACUUUAAAUUCCUCCCACCCCCAGGCUAUGCUCCGUGCUAUGAGGCUGUGCUACCCAAGGAUCGACUGCAUAUUGAGCCCAUCAAGGAGUAUAAGCAUGAUGUCAAUGGUGUCCGCAAUCUGUUGGGGCCUACACAGUCCCUCUCGCACACAGCCUUCACCCCCUGCCCUGUGGACACAGCACAGAUUGUGCUUCCGCCUCACUUGGAGCGCAUUCGGGAGAAGCUGGCAGAAAACAGCCAUGAACUAUGGGCUGUCACUCGCAUUGAACAAGGAUGGACCUAUGGGUCGUUCCGAGAUGACAACCAGAAACUGCACCCCUGCCUGGUAGAUUUCCAGAGCCUGCCAGAGCCAGAGAGGAAUUACAACCUUGCCAUGUCAGUAGAAACACUCAAGACCCUACUGGCGCUGGGCUGCCAUGUGGGCAUGGGAGAUGAGAAAGCAGAGGAGAACCUGAAGAACAUCAAGAUGCCCAAGACGUAUAUGAUGAGUAGUGGAUAUAAGCCUGCCCCUCUGGACCUCAACCAUGUCAAGCUGACACCCAACCAGACCAACCUAGUGGAGAGACUGGCAGAGAAUGGGCACAACGUGUGGGCUCGUGACAGGGUUCACCAGGGGUGGACCUACAGCAUUGUACAGGACAUAAUGAACAAGCGCAACCCGCGCCUGGUGCCAUACAACCUGCUGGAUGAAAAGACCAAGAAGACCAACAGAGACACUGUCUGUGCAGCUGUCCGCACUCUCAUCGGCUACGGUUACAACAUUGAACCACCUGACCAGGAGAGCAGUGAGUCUGUCCGUCAUUCUCAUGGAGAUAAGAUCCGGGUGUUCCGGGCUGAGAGGUCAUACGCGGUGACCCAGGGGAAGUGGUACUUUGAGUUUGAGGCUGUGACUGUGGGGGAGAUGAGAGUGGGUUGGGCCAGACCCAGUGUCCGCGCUGACACAGAGCUGGGAGCAGAUGAGCUCGCCUAUGUCUUCAAUGGUUUCAAGGCUCAGCGUUGGCAUGUGGGCAAUGAGCCGUUUGGUCGUAUCUGGUUGCCAGGUGACGUGGUGGGCUGUAUGAUUGACCUGGUAGAGCAGAACAUCUUCUUCACCCUGAACGGAAAGAUGCUGAUCAGUGACUCUGGAUCUGAGAUGGCCUUCAAGGACAUUGACAUAGGAGAUGGUUUUAUCCCUGUGUGUAGUCUGGGCCUGUCUCAGGUUGGCCGGCUCAACCUGGGCCAGAACGUCAGCAGCCUGCGCUACUUCACCAUCUGUGGCCUUCAGGAGGGCUUUGAACCCUUCGCCAUCAACAUGAAGAGAGACAUCACCAUGUGGUUCAGCAAGAGCCUGCCCCAGUUCAUCCCUGUUCCUACCGAACACCCUCACGUUGAUGUGUCCCGUGUGGAUGGGACGGUGGACAACGCUCCCUGUCUGAAACUGACCCACAAGACCUUCGGCUCUCAGAAUGCCAACACCGAUCUGUUGUUCCUGAGGCUCAGUAUGCCCGUGGAGUUCCACGAGACAUUUAAAAUCAUGGCUGGGACCACCCCCCUGACACGAACCCUGACCAUCCCCGAGGACCAGGUCCUGGAGGUGGACCCCGACUCUGACUUUGAGGUGCUGAAGAAGUCUGCCAGCCGCACAGAGAAGGAGGAGGAGAAGGAGCCCUCUGUGCCUAAGGAGAUCUCCGUCAACGGAGGAGAGAAUGUGAAAGAUGCCUCUACAGAGAAGAGCAAGAAGAAGGGGUUCCUGUUCAAGGCCAAGAAGGCAGCUUUAACUCCGCCCCCUGUUGUUCCCACCAUGCCCCGUCUGACGGAGGAAGUGGUCCCAGACGACAGAGAUGACGAUGACAUCAUCCUCAACACCACCACAUACUAUUAUUCAGUGCGAGUGAUUGCGGGACAAGAGCCCAGCGGGGUGUGGGUAGGCUGGAUCACCCCUGACUACCACCAAUACGACCUGCACUUUGACCUCAGCAAAGUAAGAAAUGUCACAGUCACCGUGGGAGAUGACAAAGGCAACAUACAUGACAGUAUGAAGCGCAGUAACUGCUACAUGGUGUGGGGAGGGGAGUUCAGCAGCUCCCAGCAGACCCGUGUCAGUCAGGAGGACUUUGUGAUUGGUUGCCUUAUUGACCUUGACACAGGACUCAUGACUUUCACAGCCAAUGGGAAAGAGAUCAACACCUUCUACCAGGUGGAGCCCAACACUAAAUUGUUCCCAGCUGUCUUUGUCCUGCCCUCCAGUCAGAACAUGCUGCAAGUGGACCUGGGGAAGCUCAAGAACAUCAUGCCUAUUUCAGCAGCCAUGUUCCGCAGUGAGCGUAAGAACCCGGUCCCUCAGUGUCCUCCCAGGCUGGACGUCCAGAUGCUGACCCCAGUCAUUUGGAGCCGCAUGCCAAACCACUUCCUGUCCCCAGAGAUGGGCCGUGUGAACGACAGGCACGGCUGGAUGGUGGAGUGCAGAGAGCCUAUCACAAUGAUGGCCCUGCACAUCCCUGAGGAGAACAGAUGUAUUGACAUCCUGGAGUUGUCGGAGCGUAUGGACCUGCUGAAGUUCCACUACCACACUCUGAAACUGUACGGCUCAGUCUGUGCUCUGGGGAACAACCGCGUGGCUCACGCCCUGUGCAGCCAUGUUGACGAAUCCCAGCUAUUCUACGCCAUAGAGAACACCUACCUGCCUGGACCAAUGAGGAGCGGCUACUACGAUCUGCUCAUCAGCAUUCACCUGGAGUCGGCCAAGCGGAACCGCCUCAUGACCAAUAAGGAGUUCAUUGUGCCCAUGACUGAAGAGACGCUCAGCAUCAACCUCAACUCAGACACUGACAAAUCCCAUGCUUUACCAGGGGUGGGCCUCACUACCUGUCUGCGCCCCAAACUCCACUUCUCCCCCACUGGGUUUAUAGGGACAGACCUGGAUAUCUACACCCUCAGCCCCUUCAUCCCCCUACAUGUGCUGAAGGCGAAGGCCCUGACCAUGCUGACAGAAGCUGUCCAGGAUGGUGGUCAAGCCAUGCGGGAUCCUGUAGGAGGCAGUGUUGAGUUCCACUUUGUCCCCAUCCUCAAGCUCAUCAGCACCCUGCUCAUCAUGGGUGUGUUUGAAAAUGAAGAUGUCAAGCACAUCCUGAAGAUGAUAGAGCCCACAGUGUUCAGUGGAGAGGCAGAGGCUGAAGAUGAGGAAAUGGAGGCAGAGCUAGAGGAGUUGGAGCCUAUAGAAAAAGAGGAAGACAAGGGGGAGGAUGACAGAGAGAAAGGUGCUGAGGAGACUGAGAAGGAGGUGAAGCAUGGAGAGGCAGAAGAACAAGUAGGUCUGGAAGAGGGAUUACUGCACAUGAAGCUUCCAGAGUCUGUCAAACUACAGAUGUGCACUCUGCUGCAGUAUUUCUGUGACUGUGAGUUGCGCCACAGGGUGGAGGCCAUCAUAGCUUUCUCAGACCAGUUUGUGAGCCAGGUGCAGGCCCACCAGAGAGCCCGCUAUAACGAGCUCAUGCUGGCGUAUACCAUGAGUGCUGCUGAGACCGCUCGCAAGACCCGCGAGUUCCGCUCCCCACCACAGGAGCAGGUCAACAUGCUGAUGAACUUGAAGAACAUUGCGGAGGAUGAGGAUUGUCCUGUGCCUGACGAGGUCCGCGAUGCCCUGCAGGCUUUUCACAAGAACCUGCUGUUUCACUGCAGUGUACAUAUCGAAGAGGAAGAGGUAGAGGAGGAGUUGGAUAUGUCUCUCAAAGGGCGACUCCUCCGAAUGCUGGACAAGUUGAGGCACCUCCAUAAGAAGAAGGUAGAGGAGGAGAAACCUGAGGAGGAGAACAAACCCAGCACCCUCCAGGAGCUGAUCACCCACACCAUGGUCCACUGGGCCCAGGAGUCAUUCAUCCAGAACCCUGAGCUGGUGCGUCUGAUGUUUAGCCUGCUGCACCGUCAGUAUGACGGGCUGGGGGAGCUGAUCCGGGCCCUGCCCAAGGCCUACACCAUCAACGCCAUCUCCAUAAAGGAUACCAUGGACCUGCUGGAGUGCCUGGGACAGAUCCGCUCGCUGCUCAUCGUCCAGAUGGGCCCCGAGGAGGAGAGGCUCAUGAUCCAGAGCAUCGGGAACAUCAUGAGCAACAAAGUGUUUUAUCAGCACCCCAACCUAAUGCGAGCGCUGGGCAUGCAUGAGACUGUCAUGGAGGUGAUGGUCAACGUGCUGGGUGGUGGUGACUCCAAGGAGAUCAGAUUCCCUCGUAUGGUCACCAACUGCUGUCGUUUCCUGUGCUACUUCUGUCGUAUCAGUCGUCAGAACCAGCGCUCCAUGUUCGAUCACCUCAGCUACCUGCUUCAGAACAGCGGCAUCGGCCUUGGAAUGCGUGGCUCCACCCCUCUAGACGUAGCUGCAGCAUCCUGUAUUGAUAACAAUGAGCUGGCUCUGGCGCUACAGGAACAAGACCUGGAGAAGGUGGUGAAGUACCUUGCAGGCUGUGGGCUCCAGAGCUGUCCCCAGCUCCUGGCUAAGGGUUACCCUGACAUUGGCUGGAACCCUUGUGGCGGAGAGAAAUACCUGGACUUCCUCCGCUUCGCUGUCUUCGUCAACGGAGAGAGCGUAGAGGAGAAUGCCAAUGUGGUGGUGCGUCUUCUGAUCCGUCGGCCAGAGUGUUUUGGCCCGGCCCUGAGAGGAGAGGGUGGGAACGGCCUACUGGCUGCUAUAGAGGAGGCCAUCAAGAUCUCUGAAGAUCCUGCUAGGGAUGGCCCCACUGUCAAGAAAGACAGGCGCUUCCCCGGCAUGUUCCCUGGUGGAGAGGGGCAGCAUGAGGAGAACAAGGUGCAUCUGGGGAAUGCCAUCAUGUCCUUCUACUCAGCUCUCAUUGACUUGCUGGGACGCUGCGCUCCAGAGAUGCAUUUGAUCCAGGCUGGGAAGGGUGAGGCUCUGAGGAUCAGGGCCAUCCUGAGGUCCCUGGUGCCCAUAGAGGACCUGGUGGGAGUCAUCAGCCUGUCUGUCCAAAUCCCAGACUUUGGAAAGGAUAACAGCAUCAUUGAACCCAAGAUGUCUUCCAGUUUUGUGCCGGACCACAAGGCUCCCAUGGUGCUGUUCCUUGACAGAGUGUAUGGUAUUGACAACCAGGACUUCCUGCUCCAUGUGCUGGAGGUGGGCUUCCUGCCUGACAUGAGGGCAGCUGCUUCUCUGGACACAGUGACUUUCUGCACCACAGAGAUGGCCCUGGCUCUGAACCGCUACCUCUCUUUGGCCGUGCUGCCCCUCAUCAACAAGUGUGCCUUCCUGUUUGCCGGCACAGACCACCGGGCCAUCAUGAUCGACUCCAUGCUGCACACCAUCUACCGUCUGUCCCGCGGACGAGCCUUCACGAAGGCCCAGAGAGAUGUCAUUGAGGAAUGUCUCAUGGCUUUGUGCAAAAAUCUACGGCCAUCCAUGUUACAACACCUGUUGAGAAGGCUGGUAUUUGAUGUACCAAUUCUCAAUGAAUAUGCCAAAAUGCCACUUAAGCUUUUGAACAAUCACUAUGAGCGUUGUUGGAAGUACUAUUGCCUGCCCAACGGCUGGGGCAACUUUGGAGUGUCAUCAGAGGAGGAGCUGCAUCUCACCCGCAAACUCUUCUGGGGCAUCUUUGAGUCCCUGGCCCACAAGAAAUUUGAUGCUGAGCUGUUCAAAAUUGCCAUGCCGUGCAUAUGUGCCAUUUCUGGGGCCAUCCCUCCAGAUUAUGUAGAUGCCAGCUACUCCUCCAAGACUGAGAAUAAAGCCUCAGUGGAUGCAGAGGGAAACUUUGAUCCCAAGCCAGUGGAGACCACAACUACUAUCAUCCCUGAGAGAUUGGAUGGUUUCAUCAACAAAUAUGCUGAAUACACACAUGACAAGUGGGCUUUUGAAAAGAUUCAGAACAACUGGACGUAUGGAGAGAUGUUGGAUGAAGAUUCUAAAACACACCCCAUGCUCCGGCCGUACAAAACAUUCUCAGAGAAGGACAAAGAGAUCUACCGUUGGCCCAUCAAAGAGUCCAUGAAGGCUAUAAUUGCGUGGGAGUGGACUCUGGAUCAAAUGAGGGAAGGAGAGGAAGCCAAGAAUGAGCAAAAGAAGGCGGCUCGGAAAAUCUCUCAGACUGCACAGGCAACGUACGACCCAAGCCAUGGCUACAGUCCCCAACCGACUGAGAUCCCCCACAUGGCACUGUCAAGAGAGCUGCAGUCCAUGGCAGAACAGCUUGCAGAGAACUAUCACAAUACCUGGGGUCGCAAGAAGAAGAUGGAGCUGCAGUCCAAAGGAGGAGGCUCCCACCCUUUGCUUGUACCCUAUGACACCCUGACAGCAAAGGAAAAGGCACGAGACAGGGAAAAGGCUCAGGAGCUUCUUAAAUUCCUUCAACUCAAUGGAUUUGCAGUCACCAGGGGGAUGAAAGACAUGGAGUCAGACAUCUCAUCUAUCGAGAAGCGCUUUGCUUAUGGUUUCCUGCAGAAGCUGUUAAAGUGGAUGGAGAUGGCCCAGGAGUUCAUAGCUCAUCUUGAGGCUGUGGUGAGCAGUGGCAGAGUGGAGAAGUCGCCUCAUGAGCAGGAGAUCAAAUUCUUUGCAAAGAUCCUGUUGCCCCUGAUCAAUCAGUACUUUAAAAACCACUCUCUGUACUUCCUGUCCACACCGGCCAAAGUCCUGGGUACUGGAGGACAUUCCUCUAACAAGGAGAAAGAGAUGAUUGCCAGCAUCUUCUGUAAAAUGGCUGCUCUGGUGAGACACAGAGUUUCUCUCUUUGGAAAUGACGCCCCUGCUAUUGUCAACUGUCUUCACAUCCUGGCACGAUCUCUCGACGCAAGGACGGUGAUGAAGUCUGGGCCUGAAAUCGUGAAGGCAGGGCUCAGGUCAUUCUUUGAGGGUGCAGCUGAUGAUAUAGAGAAGAUGGUGGAGAACCUCAAACUGGGAAAGGUGUCUAAAGGCAACCAGCAGGUGAAAGGCGUGUCCCAGAACAUCAACUACACCACCAUCGCUCUGCUCCCAGUCCUCACCUCCCUGUUUGACCACAUCUCUCAGCACCAGUUUGGAGAUGAUGUCAUUUUGGAUGAUCUCCAGAUGUCGUGUUACCGCAUCAUGUGCGCCAUCUACUCCCUGGGUUCUGUCAAGAACCCUCAUGUGGAGAGGCAGAUGCCAGCCCUAGGGGAGUGUCUGGCCCAUCUGGCGGCUGCUAUGCCAGUGGCCUACCUGGAGCCCCAUCUCAAUGAGUACAACUCCUUCUCUGUUUACACCACCAAGACCCCCAGAGAAAGAGCCAUCCUGGGUCUGCCCAAUGAGGUCCAGGAGUUAUGCCAGGACAUACCAGAGCUAGACGUUCUAUUGAAAGAGAUCGGGGACUUGGCAGAGUCAGGUGCCCGUUACACAGAGAUGCCCCAUGUGAUCGAGAUAACUCUGCCCAUGCUGUGUAACUACCUGCCCCGCUGGUGGGAAAGAGGAGUAGAGAUCUUCCCUGAGCUGGAGGGCCAGAUCUGCACCGACGUCACCUCUGAGCAGCUCAACCAGCUGCUGGGCAGCAUCAUGAAGAUCGUCGUCAAUAACCUGGGAAUUGACGAGGCCUCCUGGAUGAAGAGGCUGGCUGUCUUCUCCCAGCCUAUUGUGAGCAGGGCCAAGCCAGAGAUGCUCAAGUCCCAUUUCAUCCCCACCAUGGAGAAGCUGAAGAAGAGGACAGGGAAGGUGGUGGCAGAGGAGGACCACCUGCGUAUGGAGGGGAAGGCCGAGGGGGAUGAGGAGGAGGGCACCAUCAGGGAGGAGUUUGCUGUGCUCUGCAGGGACCUGUACGCCCUCUACCCUCUCCUCAUCCGCUACGUGGACAAUAACAGGGCAAGGUGGUUGACAUGCCCAGACCCAGAUGCAGAGGAGCUCUUCAGAAUGGUUGGAGAGGUCUUCAUAUUCUGGUCCAAAUCUCAUAACUUCAAACGAGAGGAGCAGAACUUUGUGGUGAUGAACGAGAUUAAUAACAUGUCUUUCCUCACUGCUGACAGCAAGAGCAAGAUGAGCACGGCUGGUGGCUCAGACGUGGAGCGUACCAAGAAGAAAAGACGGGGAGAUCGUUACUCAGUGCAGACGUCACUUAUUGUGGCUGCCCUGAAAAAGAUGCUCCCCAUCGGCCUCAACAUGUGCUCCCCUGCUGAUCAGGAGCUUAUCAACCUGGCCAAGAUACGAUACUCUUUGAGGGACACGGAUGAGGAAGUAAGAGAGUUUUUGCAAAACAACCUGCAUCUUCAAGGCAAGGUGGAGAACCCGUCCAUGUGCUGGCAGAUGUCCCUGUAUAAGGAGAUGGCAGGGAAGGCUGAGGAUGCUGACGCUCCAGAGAAAGUGGUGAAGAGGGUGCAGGAGGUGUCAGCUGUUCUCUAUCACAUUGAGGUGACGGAGCACCCCUUCAAAUCCAAAAAGAUUGUGUGGCACAAACUGCUCUCCAAGCAGAGACGCAAGGCUGUGGUUGCCUGCUUUAGGAUGACUCCACUCUACAACCUACCAAGGCAUAGAGCUUCCAAUAUGUUCCUGGAAGGAUACAAAAGCAACUGGAUCCAUACUGAAGGCUACUCCUUUGAGGACAGAAUGAUAGACGACUUGUCUAAAGCCAUGGAGCAGGAAGGUGAGGAAGAGGAAGAGACUGAGACCAAGCCAGAUCCCCUUCACCAACUCAUUUUGCAUUUCAGUCGUACUGCUCUCACAGAGAAGAGUAAACUUGAUACAGAUUACCUAUAUAUGGCAUACGCUGAUAUUAUGGCAAAGAGCUGCCACAUUGGUGAGGAGGACGAAGGGGGAGAGGAGGUGGAGGAAGGGGCUGAGGAUGAGAUGUCCUUUGAGGUGCGACAGACAGAACUGGAAAAAGAGAUGGAGAAACAGAGACUUCUGUACCAGCAGUCCCGUCUCCAUAACCGUGGGGCGGCUGAGAUGGUGCUGCAGAUGAUCAGUGCUUGCAAAGGUGAGACUGGCUGCAUGGUGUCCUCCACCCUUAAAUUGGGCAUCUCCAUCCUAAACGGUGGUAACAUUGAGGUUCAACAGAAAAUGCUUGAGUACUUGAAAGACAAGAAGGAUGUUGGCUUCUUUUUGAGUGUCCAGGCUCUAAUGCAGACAUGCAGUGUCCUGGACCUGAAUGCCUUUGAGAGACAGAACAAGGCAGAGGGUCUGGGCAUGUUGUCGGAGGAGGGAACAAGUGAGAAAGUCAUGUCGGAUGAUGAGUUUACAUGUGAUCUGUUCCGCAUGUUGCAGCUGCUCUGUGAGGGCCACAAUAACGAUUUCCAGAACUACUUGAGGACACAGACAGGCAGCACCACCACUAUCAACAUCAUCAUCUGCACUGUGGAUUACCUCCUCCGACUGCAGGAGUCAAUCAGUGAUUUCUACUGGUAUUACUCUGGGAAAGAGAUCAUCGAUGAGCCAGGCAAGAAGAACUUCUCCAAGGCCAUGACAGUGGCUAAACAGAUCUUUAACAGCCUGACUGAGUACAUCCAGGGUCCGUGUACAGGCAACCAGCAGUCCCUGACCCACAGCAGGCUGUGGGAUGCAGUAGUAGGCUUCCUCCACGUCUUUGCCCACUUGAUGAUGAAGCUGGCACAGGACUCCAGCCAGAUUGGCCUGCUGAAGGAGCUACUUGACCUUCAGAAAGAGAUGGUGGUUAUGCUGCUCUCUCUACUAGAGGGUAAUGUGGUGAACGGCACCAUUGCCCGUCAGAUGGUGGACAUGCUGGUGGAGUCCUCCAGCAACGUGGAGAUGAUCCUCAAGUUCUUUGACAUGUUCCUCAAACUGAAGGACAUUGUGGCGUCAGACGCCUUCCGUGAUUACGUGACCGACCCCCGAGGGUUAAUCUCUAAGAAAGACUUUCAGAAGGCCAUGGACAGCCAGAAACAGUAUUCUCCCUCUGAGAUCCAAUUCCUGUUGUCCUGCUCAGAGGCUGAUGAGAACGACAUGAUAAACUUUGAGGAGUUUGCCGACCGCUUCCAGGAGCCGGCUAAAGACAUUGGCUUUAACAUUGCAGUGUUGCUGACAAACCUGUCUGAACAUGUGCCUCAUGACCUCAGGCUGAAGAACUUCUUAGAGCAGGCAGAGAGUGUACUCAACUACUUCCGCCCCUUCCUGGGCCGUAUAGAGAUCAUGGGUGCCAGCAGGAAGAUAGAGCGUAUUUACUUUGAGAUCAGCGAGGUCAACCGCACACAGUGGGAGAUGCCUCAGGUCAGAGAGUCCAAACGACAGUUCAUCUUUGAUGUGGUUAAUGAGGGGGGCGAGUCGGAGAAGAUGGAGAUGUUUGUCAACUUCUGCGAGGACACUAUCUUUGAGAUGAACAUUGCCUCCCAGAUCUCGGAGCAGGAGGAGGAGGAGGAGGAGGAGAAGGAUGAUGAUGAUCCAGCUGAAGGAGGAACUGAUGCAGGAGGAGGUGGAGAUGAAGGCGGCAAUGGAGAGGAAGGAGAGCCAGAGUCCAUCUCUGCCUUUGCAGACUUCAUCAACAGCGUAUUGAACUUCCUGAGUAUCUUCACAUUCCGUAACCUGCGACGGCAAUACCGCAGAGUAAGGAAGAUGACCAUCAAGCAGAUAGUGGUGGGUCUGGCUACUUUCUUCUGGACUAUCCUCAUCGGCAUCCUGCACUUCAUCUACAGCGUAUGUAAGGGCUUCUUCCUGCUCAUCUGGCAAACUCUAUUUGGCGGAGGCCUGGUGGAGGGAGCAAAGAACAUCACAGUGACAGAGAUCCUGGCCAGUAUGCCUGACCCCACCCAGGAUGAGGUGCAUGGGGACCUGGCAGGGGAGCCUGGGGUUGGGAAGGAGCAGGAGGCAGGAGGGGUGACUGACCAAAUAGAUACAGGCGGUGGAGAGGAGGAGGAGGAGGAGGAGGAGGACAAUAAAGACAAGGAAGGUGGGGGGACACCACGCAUCGAUGCUCCUGGUGGACUUGGUGACAUGGGAAUUGAGGCCACUGUUGAGCCUCCUACUCCCGAGGGUACUCCUUUGACCAAGAGAAAACGGCAACCAGAGGAGGCUGAUGGCCUAGCUGAUGAACCGGCUUCUGCUCCUGCCAUAAAGGAGCCCCCUCCAGAGCCUGAGAAGGCAGACACUGAAAAUGGAGAGAAGGCCGAGAAAGAAGCUGAGACCAAAGAUGAGAAGCAGGAGGAAGCGAUAGAAAAGAAACCCAAGUCUAAGAAAGAUAAGAAGCAACACAGGGAGCAAGGGUUCCAACUCUGGACUGAGCUGGACAUCCAAAGAAACAAAUUCUUGAACUACCUCUCUCGGAACUUUUACAAUCUGCGUUUUCUGGCACUGUUCAUUGCAUUUGCCCUGAACUUUAUUCUACUCUUCUACAAGGUGUCGGACAGCCCCCCUGGAGAAGGUGAUGAGGUGGAGGGCUCUGGCAUGUUUGAGGGCUCAGGGUUGGGAGUGCUGUUUGAGGGAAUUGGGCUGUUUGAGGGCUCAGCAGAGGAGAUGGAGGGAUCUGGUGGAGAGGAAGGAGGAGACGAGGAAGAGGAGGAUGGCCCAGUCUACUUCUUCUUGGAGGAGAGCACUGGCUACAUGCAGCCCACCCUUACCUUCCUGGCUACCCUGCACACUGUCAUCGCCUUCCUCUGCAUCAUCGGUUACAACUGUCUAAAGAUCCCUCUUGUGAUCUUUAAAAGAGAAAAGGAGCUGGCCAGGAAACUGGAGUUUGAUGGUCUUUACAUCACAGAGCAGCCUGAGGAUGAUGACAUCAAAGGCCAAUGGGACAGACUGGUCCUCAACACACUCUCUUUCCCAAGCAACUACUGGGACAAGUUUGUUAAGCGAAAGGUCCUGGAUAAGUAUGGAGACAUUUAUGGCAGAGAAAGGAUUGCAGAGCUCCUAGGCAUGGAUUUAGCCUCGUUGGAUGUCAGUCAACAAACUGAUAAGAAGCCGGAGGAACCUGACAAUUCUACGUUGGCCAGGUUUACAUCUAUUGACUUCAAGUACCAGAUCUGGAAAUUUGGAGUUGUGUUCACAGACGGGACUUUUCUCUACCUGUGUUGGUACACGAUCAUGUCCUUGCUUGGACAUUAUAACAACUUCUUCUAUGCCUGUCACUUGCUGGACAUAGCCAUCGGUGUGAAGGAUCUGCGUACUAUCCUGUCCUCUGUCACCCACAAUGGGAAACAACUCAUGAUGACAUUGGGCUUGUUGGCAGUGGUGGUGUAUCUCUACACUGUAGUGGCCUUUAUCUUCUUCCGCAAGUUUUACAACAAGAGUGAAGAUGAGGAUGAGCCGGAUAUGAAAUGUGACGACAUGAUGACUUGCUACCUCUUCCAUAUGUAUGUGGGCGUGCGUGCUGGCGGUGGCAUAGGGGACGAGAUCGAGGACCCGGCAGGAGACGUGUACGAGCUCUACCGGGUCAUCUUUGACAUCACCUUCUUCUUCUUUGUCAUUGUUAUCCUGUUGGCCAUCAUCCAGGGUCUGAUCAUUGACGCCUUCGGAGAGCUCAGAGACCAACAGGAGCAGGUUAAGGAAGACAUGGAGACCAAGUGCUUCAUCUGUGGAAUUGGAAGCGACUACUUUGAUUCGACGCCGCACGGCUUCGAGACCCACACCCUAGAGGAACACAACUUGGCCAACUACAUGUUCUUCUUAAUGUACCUCAUCAACAAAGAUGAGACGGAGCACACUGGCCAGGAGUCGUAUGUGUGGAAGAUGUACCAGGAGCGAGCGUGGGACUUCUUCCCUGCUGGCGACUGUUUCAGAAAGCAAUAUGAGGAUCAGCUUGCAUAACCAUACUACUACAAUUAGUAGGUUUAAUAUCAUACUGUAAUGUACUACUACAAUUAGUUGGUUUAAUAACAUACUGUAAUGUACUACUAC